AUGCCAGGGAUAGUGGAGUUGCCCACUCUGGAAGAGCUGAAAAUGGAGGAGGUGAAGGUCAGCUCAGCCGUCCUUAAAGCUGCUGAUCACUAUGGGGCUCAGUGUGAUAAGGCCAAUAAGGAGUUUAUGCUGUGCCACUGGGAAGAGCAGGACCCCAGGCGCUGUCUGCAGGAGGGCAAGCUGAUCAACAGCUGUGCGCUGGACUUCUUCAGGCAGGUAAAGCGUCUCUGUGUAGAGCCUUUCACAGAGUACUGGACUUGCCUUGAUUAUUCCAACCUGCAGCUGUUUCGUCACUGCCGCAAACAACAGGCCAAAUUUGACCAGUGUGUGCUGGACAAGCUGGGUUGGGUGCGGCCUGACCUUGGGGAGCUGUCCAAAGUCACCAAAGUGAAAACUGAGCGUCCUUUACCAGAGAACCCUUAUCACUUAAAAGCGAGGCCGGAGCCCAGCCCUGUGAUAGAAGGGGAUCUGAAGCCUGCCAAGCAUGGCAGCGGAUUUUUUUUCUGGAACGUGUAAGGAUGGGUCGAUGGCCCACACGCGGCCAGAUGACAGCUGAUGA